AUGCCAGCCGCGGCCGUACCCAGGGUGGCGGCCCCUUCUUCGGUCAGAGCAGCGAUCGUGACUUCAACCGAGGCCCCAACCCCCAGAGCGCCGGCUGCAGUGGGGGCGAGAAAAACUUUGGAGCAUAGGACCGUGCCAUCCGCCCCGCCGGUUCGACCGAUCGCUGCCGUUGAGGCCUCAAGCACUGAGGCUGCAGCAGCUGAGGCAGCGCCAGCAGAAAGUGUCACUGUUGAGACGGCGAUGCUAGAGGGGCCGAGGAAAAGGGUCCUCCUUGUUCUUUCGAAGGCCGAGGACGAGGAAGAAGUCCCUUCUGUGAUCGUGAGUGAAGCCCCUCUCGUGACCAUAAUAGUGACUGAGCUUGCAGGGGUUGAGGCUAUAGCUACUGACGCGCCGAGCCCGCCGCCUAUCUCUUCGACAAUCCUGAUCGAGCUCGUGGUUGCAGAAGUUCUCGGCCCGCCGUCGGCCGCUGAAGGGACCAACUCCUCCGAUGAUCUCGAGGAGUUAUAUGCCAGUCUCCAUGAAGAAAGAGGCAGCUCGGCCUCGACUCCUUUGGACGAGGAUUCCAGGGCCGUCAUUGAAAGGCUCUGA